AUGAGCCUCCGUAACGACGACCACGAAACCCUGCAGUGGCACGCCCUGACGCCAGGCACGAUUUUACCCACCGCAUCAGGGGCGUCAAACGCCCAUGUUUCCCUACUUCCGUCAACAGCACCUUCAUCUGCUGCCAUCCCAAUCGACCCCCAGCUUCUUCACGCCGACUUCUUCCCUGCUCGAAAACCAGGCUUGUUGCGGAAAAAAACGUACAAAGCCCACCUAACCCCCGACGCUGACUUUGACGUCAACCACGAAGCGUUAGCGAAGGAGUACGCUGUGGAGGGAGUUGCUGAAACUGUGUUCGAGGCCCUCGACCGUGCAGACGAGGAGUUGGGGGACGGGGAUAAUCUCAAUGACGACGCUGCUCAAAGAACGGAAGCCAACCGGAGGAAGGGAGGGAGUAAGACCCAGAGAUCUAUUGUGAUGUCCUGGAAUGUUUUCCAGAAGGAAGCUCUCGCGUUAGGCAAGCUCCAAGACAACAUAGUCGACGGGCAUGCACUCCUCAUACUUAUGGACUCCAACGCCGAGCGAUGCAAACGAAACCGUCAAGGCGAGCACAUUCCAAAUACACGCAUUGAAGCAAUCAAGGAGUUGUUUUGGUGCACGAAGGCCAUAUUACUACGGUUGUUGCCCGGCCUUUGGAGCAUGAUCACCAUGAGCAGAUUCUACACCCAUCACGGUGAAGAACAUGCCCGAUCGUCCCGUGGUACUCCCAUUCUUGUCGACAACGACAAUGAGAUCUGCUGGACAGAACGUAUAUGGACGGAUCAUUUUGUAUACGCUAUUGAUUGGAAUUCGUUUAUGGCUCGAUGCAUACAAGGAUGGCAAACAACAUUCCAAUCUGUGAGGCCAUUCAUUGUUCUCGUCGAAAACGUUUCUGAUAGCUACGCAACAGGCGCUCUCCUGCUCCAUGUUUUGCUCCUGUUUUUCCCCGUCUUGCCCGAGCUUUUCGUUAUCUCGGCAGCGCUACUUUUCGCAAGCAUGGCCACCUCUGUUCUUCUCGUUUAUUGUAAGGAGGGGCUCAAAACUGGUGGAGCUCCAGUUGCAGUACUUACCUCUCAAGAUCGUAUCUUUGAUCUACUUUGA